AUGGUAAUCUCCUCCUCCCUCACGCAAUCCAUCCCUCAUCCCCUGGUACCCAGUGGUAAGUCUCAUGCUACCAUGAGACGGGGAAAGGGGCGAGGCACAGCGCACGCCACCACUCACCGCAGCUCCAUCUCCACAGCCAGAAUGCGGCUGGGGAUGGGCGCCAGCUGCAGCACCACACAUCACUCACCCACCAUUGCCCCACCACUCACCCCACCACUCACCCCACACCACCACUCACCGCACACCACCACUCACCGCAGCUCAAUCUCGACAGCUAGCAUGCGGCUGGGGCUGGGCGCCAGCAAUCCCCCUCACCACUCCCCCUCACCACUCCCCCUCACCAAUCCCCCUCAUCACUCCCCCUCACCACUCCCCCUCACCAAUCCCCCUCACCAAUCCCCCUCAUCACUCCCCCUCACCACUCCCCCUCACCAAUCCCCCUCAUCACUCCCCCUCACCACUCCCCCUCACCAAUCCCCCUCACAACUCCCCCUCACCAAUCCCCCUCACAACUCCCCCUCACCAAUCCCCCUCACAACUCCCCCUCACCAAUCCCCCUCACCACUCCCCCUCACCAAUCCCCCUCACCACUCCCCCUCACCAAUCCCCCUCACCAAUCCCCCUCACCAAUCCCCCUCACCACUCCCCCUCACCAAUCCCCCUCACCAUUAA